AUGUCCACUCGCGGAGCCAUCAUUCACAAGGCUCAGGUGCACUCUCUCGCUCGCAUUCCCAACCCACGCAGCCUGCGCGCAAUGAACAUCCUGGCCAAAAUGGCCGCCGUCACACAAACGGAGUGCAUGCCCGAUGACACAGACGCCGACACCGACACGCGCGAGAAUACGAAUGUGAACGUGGACGUGAAUGCGACUGUGCGCCCGGCGCUCGCCAUGCUGAAUCUCGACUCGCCGGACGGUGUGAUCGGGGACGCUGAUCAUGCUGAUUCGCCGCGGAACCACGCCGCUGCCGUGUUUGGCAUUUCGCCUGAGGCUGCAGUUCACCUGCUUUGCUUUAAUGUUGAAGCUCUGGGUGCUCGGUAUAUUGAUAAGCCUUCAGGGACGGAUGGGUUGAAUUCGCAUAGCUCUACGCCGCUGGAGUGUGAGACGCCUGUGGGUGAGGGUCAGCUGGGCGUGCAGUCGAUCGGGUUGCAUGUGAAUGAUCCUAAUGACUUGCCUAACCCGGCACGCGCGACUGAGGAGGCGGUUCAGUUGGCUAUUCUGGCCAAGAAGUUUCUUUCCAAGAAGGUUCCUGCAUUUCCUUUGAAGGAGUAUCUGCUGAGGUUGCAUAAGUAUUGUCCUAUGUCUACGGCGGUGUAUCUCGCGGCCAGCGUGUAUAUAUCUAAGAUGACCUUGGAUGAGAAUGUUCUGAGGGUAAUGCCGAGGAAUGUGCAUAGGUUGGUGCUUGCUGGUAUCUGGGUUGCAUCCAAGGCCUUGGAGGACUUGAAGUAUUCGCAUAGCCGGGUUGCUAAAGUCGGUGGUGUCUCUGAACAGGAACUGUCGAAACUGGAGAUCAGUUUUUGUUUCUUAGCCAACUUUGAGUUGCGGGUUGAUGCACAGAUGCUUCUGAAUGAGACCUUGCGCUUCAAGUCUCCUGAAUAG